AUGGACUCCACGCCGGCAGCCAAGGCGGCUCCUGGCGCCUCCUCUUCCUCUUCCGCCGCCGCCGUCGCUGCCGCGGCCGCCGAGGAUCUGGCAGGGGGCGUGGCGGCGAUGACCCUGGAUGAACGGUUCGAUCUGCUGCGGGGGAUCGGGGAGGAAUGCAUCCAGGAGGACGAGCUCAGACGCUUGCUUGAGAAGAAGCCCGUCCCCAUCUGCUACGACGGCUUCGAGCCCUCCGGACGCAUGCACAUCGCUCAGGGCAUUGUGAAAACCAUCAACGUCAACAAGAUGAUCAGGGCCGAGUGCAAGGUGAAAAUUUGGAUCGCUGACUGGUUCGCGCAGCUCAACAACAAGAUGGGAGGUGACCUCAAGAAAAUCCAGACGGUCGGGCGCUACAUGAUCGAGAUUUGGAAAGCGGCGGGGAUGAACCUCGACGGGGUGGAGUUCCUGUGGUCCUCCGAGGAGAUCAACAACCGCGCGCAUGAGUACUGGCCAAUUGUGAUGGACAUUGCCCGGAAAAACAACGUCAAAAGGAUAACGAGAUGCUGCCAAAUUAUGGGCAGAAGUGAGCAAGACGACUUGACUGCUGCCCAGAUUUUCUACCCUUGCAUGCAAUGUGCUGAUAUAUUUUUCUUGAAGGCUGACAUAUGCCAGUUGGGGAUGGACCAAAGGAAGGUCAAUAUGCUAGCUAGGGAGUACUGCGAUGACAUCAAAAGGAAGAACAAACCAAUUAUUCUUUCACAUCAUAUGCUCCCUGGUUUUAAAGAAGGCCAGGAGAAAAUGUCAAAGAGUGAUCCAUCCUCAGCUAUCUUUAUGGAAGAUGAUGAGGCCCAAGUUAAUGUGAAGAUAAAGCAAGCUUUUUGCCCUCCCAAAAUUGUUGAGGGGAAUCCUUGUUUGGAGUACAUUAAAUACAUUGUUUUCCCUUGGUUUGGAAGGUUUGAGGUCAUCCGUAAGGAAAGCAAUGGUGGUAACAAGACAUUUACAAGCAUGGAUGAACUAAUUUCUGAUUACGAGACUGGUGCUUUGCAUCCUGCCGAUGUCAAACCUGCACUGGCAAAAGCAAUAAAUGAAAUUUUGCAGCCUGUUCGUGAUCACUUCAACAACAACAAUGAAGCCAAAGUUCUACUUAACACCGUCAAGAAGUACAGAGUAACCAAUUGA